CGAGAUAGUUAACUAUAGACUGUAGUGUGUGCAUGUGUGUGAUCCAAGCCAAGGGGCCUCUGAACGAAUCUAUUAUCGCACUUGAUAUACAAAUCUCAGAUGUCGUUAGUAAUGGCUCAAAUUUCAAAUAUCACACACACGGGUCUAUGAGCCAGCCUUAUUCUUAAGUUCUAGCACAACCCAGCAAGUUUGAGACAGUCUACCUAGGGCGUGUGGUGUCCUUCAAGCCCGACUAAUUUUGCCCUGGUCGACUCUCCUAUUGUGUGUGACUAAGAACCGAGAUUGAUAAAAGACCCACUUCCACUUGGCAAACCUAGGAGGAAAACAACCCGAGAACAGAAAGUAAACCCAUCCCCAGCAACGCGUUGCAUUGCCAAGAUGACAACAACCUCGUCGUAUCGACCCACUGAACGUCAAGUCUAUGUCCAUCUGGUGCCCAAAGGCUACACCAACGACCUGAUCCGGAAGGGCCUCCCCCAUUGGCCCGCCAUCGAGGAAGUGUACCACAAGCCCAACACAUCUUGGGCUAACAUCACCCUGAAAAGCGCCAAAGCGCAAAAAGAGGUCUUGAGCCAACCUGUGCUUCACGUGUUGGACGGCCAGCACAAGAUCCAUGUCAAACCCUUCAACAGCGGCGGGAUCCACCCACAGGACACUUGGUACGCCUCGUCCCCCAACCCCAACGAAAACGAGAUGAGUGAUGCGUGUAAGUUGUUCGUGGGCGGCAUCCCCUACGACUUCGACGAGGAGGAUGUGCGUAAAGCCAUCCAUGGGUGGGGAAAGGUGGUGCACGUCUCGAUCCCGCCCUCCCACGGGGCGGCCUUUAUCACCUUUGCCACACCCGAGGAUCAACGACGCGCCUUAAAGGACAAGGACAAGCACAAGAUUGGUCAUAAAUUCGUGGACGUCAAGCCGUACGUGAGCAAACCGGGUCGCGGGAGUUUGGCGGUGACCCCGGGGCUACUGGGGGCGGUGCCCAAGGCUUCUCAGGGUCAGACAGUGCUAAAUUCUGGGAUCAUGAGUCAGCCCACUGGUCUCUUUAAAGCCAAUGCCAAUGUACGCGAGAGAGCGGCUUCGCAAGCCCCUGAUCCCACGCCCAGGACUCAGAGACGGAAGCGCAACCAAUCCGCAUCUCAACCAAAGAAAAGUGUGGCUUCGGAGUCCACCGAGAUUAAUUCUAGUGAAAAUGAAGCAGAACAGAAUCCCGAGAAGGACAAAAUGUUAUCUGAAAUCACGGAUCUGUCACUCAAUCGGGAUGAUUUGAUGCGAUAUUUGGCCAAGAUUCGAACGAUCAAAGAGUUCUUACAAGAGCAUUUCAGUCAAGCUUCCGAGGAUAACAUUUUGAGCCUUGCCCAGAAGAUCAUGCAGGUUGAUGUCAAGAAGAGGCAAAUUAUAUCCAAUUCACUCAUAUCGAGAUUCAUCAAAGUCAAUCAUCUCAAUAUCGGGGAACAAAAGCGUCAGAACAUUAUGGCUCUGUUCAAAGUGCUUCUGCAUCCUUUUGCCCAAGAGACCGAAAUGGAUGGCAAAGUAGCUGAAAAAAUGGCGGAUCGUGAGCAUAUGAUAAUGAUUCAUAAAUUCUUGAACAACGCCACUCCAACGCCAUCCACGAUUAUAGGUCAAGACAUGUCGGGGGUAUCCUCCCAAAUAGGGUCCACCUUCUCUAAAACUAUGGAAGUAACGGCCUUAUUGUUUGAGUCAGUUUCGUUGGACUCAAUCGACAGCUUUAGCCUGGCUACCGAAGAUAACACCAUACCGAAAUUUAACGCAGAAGCAAGGCGGAAGUACCAAGAUAUUUAUGACUGGGUUACUCAUUAUUAUAAGACGGUAAAGACUUCAGAGAGCUUCAAAGCGGAUGAUGUCGGAAAAGCCAUUGUUAAUAGCCUCUCAAACGCCUCUUUGGACAAGCAAGAGAUAGUUAAUGACAAGAAAUUGUUUUUGGCUGAACCAUUGGUCAUCUUAGGCAAAUAUGCCCGUUUCGUUGAUGCUUAUUUCAAUCCUCAUUCUCACCUCGUCGUCUCCCGGGAAUUUGUGAUCAAAGCCCUUGCUUUGUACUUUUGGAACACCAACCCUUUUAUCGCUGAGUUGGCCGGGAAUGAUCCAAAACAUCCCACCCUUUCAUCGAUAUUAUCUGCUACUGUCAUUUCGAAGAGCAUGUUGGCCAAUGUUCGUGGAAUCGUGAUUCAUUUUUUCAAUACGUCAGUGGGCCUUGUUGUUACUCCUUUUGGGAAAGUCCUAUUUGAUAUUCGGUCUGCCCUAACACGUUCGAAUCAGGAUUGGAUACGAUGCACUCAUCAAAACCAACUGUCUGUUGGAUCAAUGGUGAAACUGCAUUGUAUUAUAGUUGAAGACAACGAAGAUAAGAAGAUGACAUUUUUGGUGGCGUUCAAGCUGUGGCCAAUUGCUGUCGAAGAGGAACCUUAUACGGGACUCUGGAUAGCAGGGGGGUCAGAAUUCUGGAAAGCCUCAUUGGGUCAGUUGAUCAAAUUGGUUAAAGCGAACCCUGAACUUAUGUUCACGACGAAAAUUGAUCAAAAUAGGAAGAAAGACGAUGUGGACCUUUACAACAAGUGUUUUGAGCAUUUCAUGAGGAAGGCGUUUGAUGAACUGAAAACUUCAUCUGCUGUGAGUAGGGCCAAUCUUGAAAUAACUGAACCUACCUUCAAAACCGCAAUUGCCUUUUUCCAAAAACGGAUCGACGACGCUUCUUGGUUAACCAAGGCUGUGAAUACGGUGAAGGUACUUGCCUUAAGAAACAUUUCGCUCCAUGACCUUAGGAAAUGUUUCAUGGCAGCCAAAUUUCUGGGCUCAGUGGACCUUUUCGCCGAGACCCUCGAGAUAAUUUUAUUCUCGCCGGGUUCAAGUAUUUUCUACGGUCCCAAUUUUGACAGAGAUGUUUGCAAUAUUGUCGACUUGGUAAUACAAUUUUUUGAAACAGGUGAUCCGGUCGUGGAUGGUCAAAUAAGUGAACAUCAAAAAAAGAUCUCGAAUAACCCACUCGGAUCGAAAAUGCGGAUUGCAAACAUUCUUGAGGUUUGCAAUUGUUUAAACCCCAGCAAACUUUUGUUGACUCCAUUGGUGAUGUCUAAGAAACACGAUUCUACAGUACCAUCAAGUUUUAUUGAUCGAGCAGGAACACCAGUGAACUUCCCAGGAAAGUCGCCUAAUAAUGAUAAUAGUGACAGUGAAAAUCACCUUCAGCAGCAAAUUGUGUCAUUGCAAACGGAGGUAAAUGAAUUGAGGCGUUGGAAAGAACAGAUUACCCAAAAGUUCGACAAAUUUGGAGAAGAUGUAAAGUCAGUUCUCACCCUUCAGCAAGAAAAGAUCACUAACCUGGAAGGAAUCGGCCCUACACAAAGCGUCACCCAGAUCACUCCAAGUGAAUCGACACCAACCAAGAAUGUUAAAGUUGUUCUGGAAGGACAUAGGGAAAUCUAUUCCUUCCCAUUGUCAGAGGACGGAAAUCUGUCUGUCAGCUUCAUCACGGCCAUUUUCCCCACUGUAAGCUGCUUGAUUUAUGUUCAACAAAGCACAGGUCACAUUCGUGUCUGUGCAAAAUCCGGCAAUAUCUUCAGUACCCCCGAAGAUGGAUGGGGCAAUAGAAUUUAUACCGCCAGAAUUCUUGCGGCCCCUCCUCAAUAUAUGAAUGGAAUUCCGCCAUUCCAAAACCAUUCCAACGCUCAAAGUCUGUUUGGUCAAUCGUUCGGACUGCUUCGCUAACAAGACUGGAGAAAAUGACCAAAAUGCGUGAUGUGCUUGUUUAAUGACCAACUAUCAAAAUGAUUCGCCGUUUCUUUUUGAGUUUUUCAUUCUUUUCUUCGUCACAACUUCGGGGACAUGUUUUUCUAUUAAGCAGGGCGUUAGUCAUUCCUCAAUAAAAGGAACGAAUUACAGUUACAAUUACUUUGGCAAAAAAGAGUAAUUCGUUACACAUCCGUUACGCGCCAAAAACUGUAAUGGCGUUACUCCUACAUUUUUUUGGUUUGGUUUUUCACGGGCCUCUCUAACCGCUACAGGGAAUGUAAUCCCCAAUACUAAUAAAAUGAAAGGUUAUAAUUCG